AUGGGCCAUGGCUGCUUCUGGAGCUGGCUGCCUCUGGCCCAGGGCUCAUACCUGCUGACUUGGAGUUCGCUCAACACUUCAGCUCCGUUGGACAUUGACAUUGUGCAUGCAAAAGCCAGAGGCGCCACCGAGUCUCGAGGACGCUUGUACUUCCACCGGCCAGCGCGCACGCGCCGGGCAGCUGGAAGUUUUCUGGCCUUUAGGAGGCUUGUUCGGGAACAGAGCCGCCGGCUCCCGCAGCUCGUUGUGCAACCGGAGUAUGCAGGUGACUUGCCCUGCGUGCCGGUUUGGAGGCGGCAGCCAGGAUCUGUGGCAGCCUUCAUCCACGUGGCCAAGAGCGGCGGCACAGCCUUUCGCGAUGCAUUGCUGCGGGGCCCUGAUGCAGGCGGUGCUGCUGUACGACUUCAGCCACAGUUUCCUUCGGAAAGCGCCGUCCUGAAUGCCACCUCGUUCGCUGUGGGCCGUUUGCUCUGGACCUACUCGAAGCAGAAUGCUCUGGAGACGGGCUCCGUCGGGAUGGUUCCGAAGGGGGAGUUGUCGUGGGAACUGCAGGUUCCACGGCUUCUAGCCGAGGCAGCCCACCGGCUUCGGAGAGGUGCAAGGCAAAAGAAGGAAGAGGCUGCGACUGUGCCGUGCCUUUGCACGCUGCAUUUUGACUUCUCCAUUGUCCAGCCGCUCUUGCAAGCUUUGCCCGCUGGUCACGUUCUAGGUUUCGCGAUUCUCCGAAGCCCUCUCCAGCGCUAUCUGUCACAUUUUCAUUUCGCCAGGCAGUUGGACUGGACGGCUCGACUGAGAAUUCGCCAGCUGAGCCCAGUCCAGUACCUAUAUCAUCCAGCAGCGCUGCUAGAUACGCUCAUGGUUUGGCAGGAUGGAAUGGCCGGCACCGCCUGGCUCAGUGGUCUGUCAGUGCAUGUGGGUGCUGGGUCUACGAGGCAAGAGUCCGACAAUGCAAGAAUGUGGGCGAUGUUCAGGAACCGGACCGAAACGCUGCAGAGCGCAGUGAAGAAUUAUCACAAGCUCACGUUCGUCGGCCUCUUGGAGGAUCUUGAUGGAUCUUUGCGCCUGCUUCGUACGGCUUUACGCUGGGCACGAGCACCACAAGUCCAGCAUCUCAACGUCGGAGGUCGGAAGAGCUUGCGCCAUGAAGAUGUCACUGAAAUUGAAAGGGCGCUCCGCGUGCUGACCCCCAUGGACAUCUGGCUCUAUUCGUACGUCAGAGCCGACUUCCAAGCGCGCGUGGCCGCUUUGGAUGCGGGGGCAGUGUACUGCCGCGCAGAGAGCGACGUACCAAAGGUGCACUUUCCCAGCGACGAUGACCUCGGAGGUUGCAUUGCCUCGCGUGGCGCAGUUCAAUGUGGCGCCGAGGUUUUCGAAGGGCGAGACGAGAAAGGAGGCUGA